GAUCACAACAUCAAAAAACGAUCAUCAUUUUUUCUUUGGCAAGAUACUUGUCCUCCACCAGAUUUUCUGUCAGUAGUUGACGUCAAGUGCAAAGACAUGUGCCAUUCUAACGAUGAUUGUUUGGGUAGCUUACUCUGCUGCUAUAACGGGUGUAAGAUGUGUAUGGAGCCUGUGUUACCUCCUCCAGUGAUCGACUGGCUGGGUUCACCCUCGACAUAUCAUCGUGGUUUUGCUGCUGGAGGCGUUCCCGAGAGCAACAACAUCGACGUGGAUCUGAAAAAACCGCACUACGAAGAAAUAGAAUGUGCGUACAAAGGCAAGACAUAUGCGAGAGGAGAAUCAUUCUUUAAAGGCUGUCAUAAAUGCCAAUGCAGAGAUGAGGGAAUCAGCUGUGAAGUGGGACCGUGUAAGAUCGACAUCAACCCAAACCAAGGAGAGCAUUCCGGUGAGGCAUCCAGUGUAGAUGUGUCGAGCCUUAAUCAAGUUGAAGCACUAGAACUCUCAGGUGAAGAUGAAAACCAUCUUCAAGAAUACCCAACUAAAACUAAAAUAGCAAAGCUUGAGUAUUUAAAGCUGCACAGAGAAGAAAGCGAAGGACAAGCUAAUGUGAGGGUCAUACCCAGGAAACUCAACCCGGAAAGGACGAGUGGGAAUGGAGAAGGGUAUGGAYACAGUGGUGAAGAGGAUACUGGUGAAGGUAGUGAGACUGAAUUUGUAAAUUCAAAGGAAGAAUUGGAAUUGAGUGGAGAUGAGGAAAACAGUAUUGGAAUUACACGGCUAACGACGUCAACAGAAGCUACAGAGCACAGUGGAAAUGAAAAUCUUGAAAAGGAAAAAGCUAGCAGGAUACCAAAGUUGAAGAGAAUUUUGAGAAGGCAGCCCAAUAUGGAGGAAGUGUACGAAAAUGUAAUUUGUAUUUAAAGUUGAACAACAAAUGUCAGCAGUGCUUUGGAUAUUUGUAAGAAACGAACGAAAACGCAUGCGUGGAGUUAGUGUAAAUCGGCUGAAGUUGCAUGUGAUGAGAGCAAAAAGAAAAUGGAUUUCUACAAACCGUUCAGUAAAAGCCAUGGUCUUGAUGUCGAUAAUGCUUAGAGAUAAGACUUUUUUUUUUACUUGCGAGAGGAGUUUGAGUACGACAUUCAAAGAAACAUCAAAGGUGCACUUGUUGUACACUUUGUAAGCUCUACUGGGAUUGGUUUUUUGGUGCUUUCGUCUUGUAACCACGUAAGAAGAAGGAGAGUAAGAGGAGGAGGAGGAAGGGAAAGAAGGAGAAGAAGAAGAAGAAGAAGGAGAAAUAAAAUAGAAAAAUUACGACAACAACAACAUCACCAACGAGAUUACAUUUCUCUGACUCAUACAUUUUUGCCGUCAAAAAAUCUCCUAGAAAGCUGAAAWUUUAAAACUGUGUACGUCCAAAUAUACGAUAAUCGAAUAGUGCUUAUCUAGAGCUACAAUACGUGCUGUAGCACUAAGCUAUGUAUAGAUAUAUACUGUGAAUAUAUCAGAAAAAUCUCAUUCUGCGCGCGGGAAUUAUAUUAAUGAUAGGACACUAUCCCACAUGGUAAAGUGCGCGUACUGUAAAGACAUUGAGCUUUGUAGCAUGUGCAAGGCAAUUACCAGAUAARUAUAAAAAAUUGGUUGUUUUGGCGUUCUGUAAGCCCUGCGACUAAUUGGUCCAAAGCGUAGCGCAUUGUGGUUUAGCUUGGGUACAAACACCUUCCCAUUGUGCUGUUGUUAGCGCCCAAGAUAUACCACAAUGUAUCUUGUCUUAUGGGGAAACAAGAUGACAUUGUAUUUAGAUUCAUUAUUCUACAUAUCAUGAUCAUAUAGGUGUUCAUCAUAUAGGUAUGAUCACCUGACGGCGGCCAUGUUGAAUGGCAGAACGAUAGAAUCCCAUAGUCUGGGGAAUCGUCGGGUUUCUCUUGAUGUCAUAUCCUGUCUCGUGCGGAAUGUUCAUCAAUUGAAUCACAAGUUUUCACAUAGAAUUCUUUCUGGCUGACAGCACAUGGUGGUCAGUGUUUGAGCACCAUUUGGAGCAGAUAAUGAGAUUCGAAGACUUUUAUCAGUUGAGUGAAAUCAAACAAUCCAAUACUCCAGUUUCGAGUUCUCUAUUGCUCAUAGUUAGACUUCAUUUUGUGUAGAAUAUCCAUGCGUUCCAGCGAAGGUCCAUGGAAUUUCAAAAAGUUUGAAUAUAUUAUUGGAUCCGUAUUAUUGAARUUGUGCAUUCUUUACCAAAUCGUUGGAAUUUGUGAAUAUUUAGAUACUGAUUCGAGGCUGACCCUGGUAGUGAGUAAAUAAGUCUGUAAUCAAGGAACACAGCGGUAAUUUGGAACUCGAAACUGGUCUAUUCUUUCACACGUAAAACCAUCGUAAAGUUCCUGUCAUCCAACAUGGCUGCCGUCACACUGCCAUGGAGAACCUACGCCUAUAUACAUUGCUUGUACAUAUUAUAACUGUAGAAAGAAGUGUUAGUUUAUUGGCCAGUAAGGCCUAAUGCUUUUGAAUAACGGUGCUAUAGCACAAGAGUAGCUCGUGUCGAGCCRCAAACAUUGCCAAGUCAGCAUGUUUAUCAAUAGAUUAUGACGUAAGUACGAAUAUGAUGUCAUAUUUUGCAUGACGUAAUGGGAUGUGAUAUUUAUGAACGAAUUGGGAGUCUAAUUUGAAAGUAAGCGUAAAAAUUGCUGAAUAAAAAAUGUAGCAAGGUAUUCAAAAA